GCCAAAUAGAAAGAGCUGCUUCUAGUCAUAAUAAACCACAUCAGCGACUGGACUGUUCCUCGUCUCCAUCUUCACCUAUGAGUGACCUGACCUGUCCAGCCCUCUCACACGGAGACGGAACACCGCGCUGUCUGGACGACGACAGAAGCUGAAAGCAAAGAUGGAGGCAGACCUUGUGAGCAUAUGGCCGCGUAUGGAACCCUUCCUACUGGGUGCCCUACAGGUGGCCCCCUCUUCCAAGCUCGGCCUGCACUAUCUUCGGAAGAUGGCGAGCUACGUGCGAUCCCGGGAUGGCUGCUUCCCUGUUUUGGGCUGGCCAAUGUGGAGGCAUAUUGCAUGUGGAAAGCUACAGCUUCCAGAAGAGCUCGCUUGGCUCUACUUUGAGACCUUCGACCUUCAUGUUGGCCACACACCUGAGGAGAGGUUAGAGUGGGCGGAGUGUCUUUCCCAGUGCACCUCAAAAUGCGAGCUGGACCAACAAAGGAACAAGCUGUCUGUGGACACACUACGGUUCCUCCUCUUCCUUUACAUCCAGCAGCUGAACCGUGUGUCUCUGCGAACCUCUCUGAUCGGUGAAGAGUGGCCCAGUCGCCGCACUCGCUCCCCCUCUCCAUCAGACCGAGAGGCCAAGACCAGCUCCCAGAACAAGAACUGGGAUGACCAGGCCCACCUGUCAUUCGUGCAGAGCCAUCUAGCUGAGAUUUUGGAGCUGCUCGUGGAGCCAGGCCAACUGUCACACUCUGGACAGGCCCUGCGAGACUGCCAGAUAUCCCUGGAGGCUGUGCGGAGCUUGGGCUUGCUCUUGGAGGGCUCAACUAGCCACGCCAGAGUUGUUCAGCCUGUCCACAGGCUGCUGACCAAAGGCCCCCUCCAGACAACAGCUGGCUACUGUGCACUCAACCGCUCCUUCCCUCUGCACAAGCUACUCUCCUGUCUCCAACACAGCCUCACACUCAACCCUUUUGGGAUAACUGCCUGCUUGCGCUCGGGGAAGAAACUAGCCUGGGCCCAACAAGCGGAGGGGUCCAUGAAGAGAGCCAAGAUAGCCCGAAACACCCAUAUGGCUCCACCUGGCAGUAAAAUGGUGCUGAUGUCCCAGGUCUUCAAACAGACCCUAGCCAAAACGUCUGACAAGCUGACUGGUGCCAACAUCAAAAUCCACAGAUGCUCUGAUGCCUUCAUAUACCUGCUGUCACCUCUCAGAUCAGUCAGCGUGGACAAAUGCAGAGACAGCACAGUGGUUCUGGGUCCUGUUGAGACCAACGUCCACAUUUACAGCUGUCAGAAUGUGCGGGUGGUGUGCGUGGCAGGCAGGAUUGCUAUCGGAGCCUCCUCGCGCUGCACCAUCCACGUCUUGACGCCCACCCGCCCUGUGCUGCUACCUGGAAACACAGACAUUACCCUGGGGCCUUUUCACACGUUCUACCCUUCGUUGGAGGAUCAUAUGGCCAGUGUGGGACUGGCUGUGGUCCCCAACGUCUGGGAUCAGCCCUUGCUUCUGGGGGCUGAGGGCCUUGUCAACCCGUCGCUCAACACCUCUUCCAAUCCAGACCCUGCUUGCUACCGCCUUCUGCCCCCAGCUGAGUUCCACACUCUGGUUGUGCCUUUCCAGAUGGAGGGGGACACAUGUGAGGUGCCGGGGGGAUUGCCCCCUCUAUAUCAGGCAGCAGUUGAUGAAAAGCAGAAGAGGAUACAGAACUGGCAGAAGAUUGUGAUGGAGGCUCGGCUAAGCAAGGAGCAGAAGCGUCAGUUCCAGGAGAUAGUGGAGGUCAAGUUCCACGAGUGGCUUCUGGAGACGGGGCACAGGCAGGAACUCGACAGCCUUAUCCCACCCACGAUAGCCCAUCCGAACGCCUCUGGCGGGCCGGCGACGGACACGCCCCAAGUUAAUGAUAACAAAUAUGUUAGGACUGGACGGGCAGUGGGACAGUCACCUAUGGCUUGUUGAUUAUUUGGCUUUUUCUUGUUUGGGGCUUUGACAGCAGGAUAAUUGUGCCUGUAAAUUAAGGUAGCGUGACAGUUUGCACUUAGUCUUGUUGACACAUGGGGCUUCUGUAAGUUCUUACAAACUGAGGAGGAUGUUUACUGCAAGUUUAAUAAUUUGUUACUGAUACUGAUGCAACUUUCAACAAGCUUUUAUAGCAACUUAUGCUCCACUCAUUCUCAAGUGGAAGGCUGGUUUGGGCUGCUUUAGAUUCCUGUCUUGAGAAAAGGCAGCUAAGUCUUCAACGCGUCUAAACAGAGUAGGGAGUGGAUUGGCAUGCUGCAAAACAACAUCGCAAGCACCACUUUUCUUGAGGGGAGGUGUAAAAAUAACAAGGGUGUAACAUUGUUGAUGUCAUCACAGGAUUACAAGGUGACAAUAUGAAUAAGUUUAGAUGUGGGUUGACUGUCGUAAUUCCAGUUGCUAAAGCCUGAAAGGGUAAAGCUGAGGAAGGAAUACAGAAAGACAAGCACCAUGAUUGACUGUGACAGACUAGAGCAACCUGUCAGUCAGACAAACAUGUCCUUGAGGCAUUAAUAGCUCCUUAAUGUAUAAUAAUUCUCAAAAUCUACAUGAAGAGAUACUUUGGCAAUUAUAAUGAACUACUC